AUGGAUCCAGUAACAUCAGUAAAGGAUAGCUAUGGGCUUAAGAUUUUCCUUCGUCAUGAGGGAUUGGUGGUUAAUCCCUGUGAACCAUCUUUGGAAGUGAAGGAGUUUACUCCCUUCUUCGCAAAACCUCUAUUACCACCAGUAGCAGAUGCACGUCGGCCACCAGAAAGGCGUAGUUCACAUUCUCUGCUGCCCUCCAUUCAAGGGAGGCCUUCCUUAAGAAAAGCAACUGCUGACAAGAAAUCAUCCAAGGUCUCACAUGAGGUUUCUCUUCCUAGCCAGAGUUCAUAUGGACAAGCUGUGGUGAAUGGCAUAAAUGUUCUUUGUGGUGUUGGAAUUCUUUCAACUACUUGUGCUGUCAAAGAAGGUGGAUGGGUUGGGCUCUCAAUUCUGUUUAUCUUUGCUGUUGUUUCUUACUACACUGGGAUUCUCCUGCAUUCCUGUUUGGACAGUCAACCUGGGCUCGAGACUUACCCGGAUAUUGGCCAUGCUGCCUUUGGUAAUGUGGGACGUAUUGCUACAUCUGUUUCACUCAUGCCAGAUCCAAAAGCUAGAUCAUAUUUAUGCAGCCUCUUUGUCACUGCUGCUUUGAUUUGUUGCGUAUACUUCAUCGGAACUGCAUUCCUUGCGAAGGAUGACAUGGCGGACUUUGUUUCUCCUCUUUCCCCUCUUUCAAGAGCUGUGUUGCAGGAUUUUGGUAGCAUUUUACUAAGUGCAACAAAUAUUAGUUUCGAAGAAUUGCAAGAUCUUCAACAUUCACAUUUGGAUAAUCUGUACUGUGGUAUAUUAGAAGAGAGAUGAUGUCAAGAUGUGGUAAAAAUUUAGCAAAAGCCUUAGUUAUAUUGAUUUAACAAUUUUUAAAGAAGACAGAACCUAAUUAUUCUUUAUUGCUA